AAUGAUCGCGGUUGGUCUCUGGCGUUAGCUGCACAGCGCACAGUCAUUGGCCCACCCGUGAGGCCCGUGAGCCUGUGGCUGUUUAUUUAGAUCCGUUCUUCAGUCCGUCUUCUUACUCUAAUCCUGGCGGCUUCAUCCUCUCACUCUCGUAGAGGCGUGCUAUGCACUCGAUACAACUAGAAUGUGAUAACUUCUAAUCAACGAAAAAUUCAGUAACGAAGUGAAUCCACAGUCUGACGGCCGUUCCAGUUAAGGAUACCAUACCAACAGUUCAGUGGUUUUGCACCAGACUAGACAUUAGAUAAUUACUUGCAUCACUGCAGCCUCAUCUACUAUGAAACGAGCCUAUUCAACAAUGGACAGCCCAGAUGGAACGUCUAACAAAGUUGCCUUGGUGGAACGUAACCUAUUUCCACGAGGUGUGGAGCUAAUCAAUCCCUACAGAACAACAAAAUCGUCCACGCAGGAUAUAGUUCAAUUAGCAAUGGAAAUUCAAAAGGCAGACGAUUAUAUCAAAGCAAAUGCCCAGAACAAGCUCCAUGUGAUUGCAGAGCAAAUGAAAUUCUUACAGAUGCAAGCACAGAAAGUUCUACAAGAGGCUAAAGAGGGUCAUAUGCUGCAUCAUGCGGCUUGUAAUUUUAUCAAACACCCAGGAAAGAUUUAUCACUUGUAUGAAAAACCAUCGGGACAGACUUAUUUCUCAAUGUUGAGUCCAGAGGAAUGGGGCAGUACAGGACCUUCACAAACAUUCAGAGGAUCCUACCGUCUGGAGCAUGACAACUCAUGGACUCCAUUGGCUAAAAUAGAAGCGAAAGAUGCUGAGCUGAGUGUCUACGAGAAGCACCUCUCGAAAAAUUCAGUGCUAGCGAUAGAUUCAACUGACUUAAUGAGCAUAGACCCUUGAUCCCCGUGGAUAAGACCUCAAUAGACAAAUUAAUAAAUUUAUCUAAUUCAUCUAUGUGUACUCUAAUCAUAUAAUUACGUAAAAUAUAAUUCUUCGAAUCAAUCCAGUCGUCGAGUCACUAAAGCUAGUUAAUUGAACUUGACAUUUCUGUCAAUUUUGCAGUUAUCUCGAAGAAGAGUGAUUCAAGGGGAGAAUAUUGAAAAAAAACGGUUUAUUGACAUUUUUAUCUAAUACAACUUGUAUCGAGAUCAUUCACUAUUUGAAUGAAUGUAAAAAGUUGUUUGAACUCCAAUCAAUAGAACAUGACCUUUUCGUUAAGAGUGAUUUUAAACAAAAAUUCCAAAACAUAUUUUUGUAUAGGAAGAGUUCCAAAAAUAAUUUCAGAUUAAAAUAAAUGUGCGAAAUCGACCAA